UUCACAGCUUAGUCUGAAGUCAGUCCUCUCAAUCAUGGCCCGUUCAGUAGCACCUCUAAACAAGGAUUCGUCCAUCCUCAUCAUCGGAGCGGGCACAUUCGGUAUCAGUACAGCCUACCAUCUAGCUAAGCGUGGCUAUACCAACAUCGUAUGUAUCGACCGCCACCCAUGGCCCAGUCUAGACUCUGCUGGUCAUGACUUGAACAAGGUGAUGCGUACUGAGUACGACGAACCACUUUACACGCGACUUGCUUUAGAAGCUCUUGAAGCAUGGAGAGAUCCAGAAUGGCAUGAUGUCUUUUUUGAAACCGGACGUAUUACUACUACGACAGGCGACAAAAAAGCCGAGUCUUUUCUUGAAAAGUCUUACGAGAACCUCAAGAGGGCAGGAAAGGCUCAGAACCUAGAACUCAUCAGUGGCAGAGACGAGAUUGUCCAAUGUGUUCCCCAGCUAAAGAAUGCCGUUGGGAUCGAGAACUGGAAAGGUCUUUACAACAGUCUCGGCGGUUGGGUCCAUGCACGAAAAGCCCUUGAGAAAUGGGCUUCUCAAUCUGAGAGGAUGGGCGUCAAUUUCAUCUCGGGCCUUGGUGGCACAAUGACUGGUCUUGAACUCGAUACUUCCGGCUCAUUCACAGGAAUCCGUGUCGCUUCUGGUGGGGUUCUUCAUGCAGAUCACUACAUCCUCAGCACGGGCGCUGCAUCGCCGCAACUACUGCCCGAGCUGUCACAGCAGUUGUGGUCAAAAUGCUGGACGUUAGGGCAUAUUCAGCUUACUGAUGCAGAAGCUGCCGAGUGGAAGGGAGUUCCCGUGAUUGACAACUAUGAACUUGGGUUCAUGUUUGAGCCAGAUCCAGAUACAAAGCUGAUCAAGAUCUGCGACAAUAAUCCCGGAUAUCAGUACCAAAAAGGCACCUUCAUCGACGAGAACGGCAAAACAACUCACUACUCAAUCCCCCGGUACUCAAGCGAUCAUCCCCAAGACGGCAUUCCACACGAAGCCGAAGUCGCCAUCAGAAAAUUCAUCAACACCGUCAUGCCUCAAUUCUCCGACCGCCCUCUUCUUGAUGCACGUGUAUGCUGGUGCACUGAUUCACCCGAUGCACACUGGCUAAUCGAUCGCCAUCCAAAACAUAAAGACCUUCUUCUCGCAACAGGCGACUCUGGGCACGCGUUCAAAAUGUUUCCGAUCAUUGGGAAGUAUAUUGCCGAUGCAUUGGAAAGUCGUGAGACGGGAUUGAAGAAGGACUGGGCUUAUGGAGGACGGGUUGCGAAACCGGCUUCCCAUCGACCUGAUACUGAGAUCAAGGACUUGAGGGAUGUUAUGGGUAUCAAGACUGAAACGAAGCUGUAAAUUCCUAUUAUAAUUAUAGCUACUAAAUCUCUUCUUCG